AUGGGUGGUGGUGGUGGUGAUGGUGAGUGUGCUGGUUAUGGUGCUGGUAGUGGUGCUACAGGUGGGGGUGGUGGUGAUAGUGAGUGUGAUGGUUAUGGGGUUGGUAGUGGUGCUACAGGUGGUGGUGGUGAUGGUGAGUGUGCUGGUUAUGGUGCUGGUAGUGGUGCUACAGGUGGUGGUGGUGAUGGUGAGUGUGCUGGUUAUGGUGCUGGUAGUGGUGCUACAGGUGGUGGUAGUGGUGAUGGUGAGUGUGCUAGUUAUGGGGCUGGUAGUGGUGCUACAGGUGGUGGUGGUGAUGGUGAGUGUGCUGGUUAUAGUGUUGGUAGUGCUGCUACAGGUGGUGGUGGUGAUGGUGAGUGUGAUGCUUAUGGGGCUGGUAGUGGUGCUACAGAUGGUGGUGGUGAUGGUGAGUGUGCUAGUUAUGGGGCUGGUAGUGGUACUACUGGUGAUGACAGUAUGCCUAGUGUGCUGGCUGGGUGGUGCUAG